CUGAGUCUGGUGGAUGUUGUGGAUCCAGUUGAUAUCGAAGAGGCUUUCGCCCAGCGCCGAACCUCUGCCCUCUACGACAUAUCAUCCACAACUAGUAGCCCAAGGAAAGUCAGCGAAUUCCCUGGCAGUACGAUUGUAGAAGUACGAAUAGUGCCUCGUGACUGGGCGACUGUGGAUCCACCUGUACCCUUAGAAACUAAAGACUUGAAGAUUGCUCCUCAUGUUCGGGAUAUCAUUUGCUCGUUUACGGAUCAAUUUUCGUUAGUGCAAAAAAGGUAUCAGCAGUUCAGUUCCGCAGAUGCAUACGUUCGUAUGCUGAUUGAACGGCCCAUCAUUGUCCGCUCAACACCUCGUCCCAUUUUCGAGGCCGAUGCUGGUCGUGCUGAACGAGUUGCAAGAAGUGUGAGCGUCGUAGGUGAUUCGUACUUUAAUUUUUGA